GGCCAGAAUGGACUCAGGUAAAGUCUGCAUUUAAAUCAAAAGCUAAAAAUGCUCUCAUGGUAUUUGUACUGAAAAAUGUGCUAAUAUAUGCUCUUUUUUUAUUUCCUGUAAGACUUGGAUAGGUAUGUAUAUCAGAAUAACAUUUAGUUUUUCAUUAAAUUCUUUAUAUUUUCAAGAGGCUGAUAACAUGUUUGCUUGUAGGAUUUCAUUUCUAGCUCAACCAAAAAAGUCCAAGACUGUUUGGGCCACAACACCUUGGACGCUGACAUGGGGAAACCAGGAAUCAAUCCGGCCUCUGUCCCGCUCAGCGCUGCGGGCCGUUCCCAGUCCCAGAAUAAAGGCUCUGGCCCAACAUAAGAAAGACUUCUCUCUCCAGACUCAGCUCAGGAAAGAGGAAGAGGAGAGAAGGAUGAAGAUCUGCCACUCUUCCGCUCCGGCGGUUCAGUACGAGAACACCGUCCGGCUAGCGACUCCUAAAGCCCGAGGCAGAAGCGCUCCGGGACAGGAUUCUCCACACUCAUUGCUGUGUGAGCAUGACUGUCCCAUCUGGCACGUGAGUCCCAGUGUGAGGAACGUGAUGGUCUCAUCCCGAAUCCUCCAUCUGGCCAACCCUAAACCCAACCACCCGAACUUCACCAGCGACAGACAGAAUGUCCAGACAUUCAUCUCAUACGCAGCUCAAACAGCCAAGAUGACAUCGAGACUCGAGCAGCUCUCACUGCCCAGACUCAGAGAGAACACACACUUCUACGACCCAGGACGGCCAGAGAGUCCGAUCCGACCCGUGUCUAGACGAGCAGGAAAAGCCAGGGCGAGUGCUCGGAUCCGGGAUUUAUCCACUCCCAAAGCCCUCUCUAAAGAUUACAUCCCACCCAGAGAACCAACAUGGCAGGCCUGAGAAAACAACAGA